AUGUCCGAGGAAGCCAUGGACUUGCUCUCCGCUAUAAUCUCCACGCGCGCGCGCGCGCGCGACGACGACGACGACGACGACGACGACGACGACGGCCGGCCGGCCGGCCGGCCGACCGACCGGGGCCGGGGCCGACGGCGCAAAUGGCGUCCGUCGACGCCUCUGGCUUCGGCUCUGCGUCCCCGGGGUAAGACCAGGCGUCCCUGGCGUCGUAGCGACCGUAAAUGUACUUUUCCGGAUUUCCGACGAUGUUGCUUCUGUUUAUGGGAGCUGGACCCUGCCGAGGCUUCCAAGGGGGAUGAUGAUGCCGAGGCUUCCGAGGGGGAUGAUGGUGCUGCUCCCGCGGAAGAUGGUGCUGCUCCCGCGGAAGAUGGUGAUCAUGCUGCGGAAGAGGAUGAUGAGGAUGAUGAUGCUAUGAAUGCAAGGCAAGCGCAAUGUACUACCGCGAUGGCCCGCAUGGAGGUGGAUCUGAAGGUGCAUGGACACUUCGAGAAGCGGCGCCUACUCUGUCACAGUAAAAAAAGCGACAACUUUCAAGCAAAAGAGGAAAAACGCCGACUAAACGAGACACCGCACAAUGACCCAGCAGGAGAGCAGGUGGCGCAUGAUGAAGAGACCAAGCGAAUCACAAAGCGUUUUUCGCGGCAGCCGCGGGCUUCAGCUAAGGAUAAGCGUGCAGUCAUGGGCUUCAAGGACCAUGCGUGGGUUACAACGACAUUUCUGGAGGAAGUGCUCGACAAGUGGUGGUCAAGAUUUCAAACGGAUUGUUCGCCGAGUGGCAUCUAG